GAACAGGACCAAAGAGGAACAGAGUUUAUGCUGUCAUUUAUAUACCCCAAGUACGAUGAUGGUAAUCCCAUCCUCCUUAUCUCAGCUGAAGAUAGAGCCUAUGUCACAAUCACCAUCCCACUUCUGAGUCAACGCCUCACAAAGGACAUAGCACCCGGGGAAACAUGGAAGCCUCACCUACCCACAGAGUUGAGGUACACUGAUUAUUUUACAACUGUAGCAUCUGCCGUGAAUGUUACUUCCACAUCACCUGUGACGGUCUACGUCUACGAUGGGUAUAAACGCAGAUCCUCUGGAUACAUGGCACUCCCCCUACACGCGCUGUCCACGUCAUAUGUCGCCGUUACAUACAGUGGUGAGAUAGAGUCUGCUUAUCCUGUGUUACUUCUUGUUGCCAUCAUGGAUGACACCGCAGUGGACGUUUUGUACAGGCUUUCCAGUGGUGAAUGUGAUGAACGUACAACUGGGGAGUCUUCUCGCCAUACCCUCCAAGCGUAUGACGUUUAUGGUCUACGAUGUACUGGGGACUUCACGGGGACGUAUGUUGUGAGUAACAAACCUUUCGUGGUUAUCUCUGGACAUGAGAAUACGCAAAUAAGUGGAAAUUAUAAAGAUACUGUUCAAGAGAUGUUGAUUCCUGUUGAUCAGUUUGGUCUGAGUUAUGUCCUGAUAAGUCAUUAUGGCAGCUCAAGAGGAACCAUUGCCAGAAUCGUUUCAUCCUCUGACAACACUCAGGUCGUGUCCAGUACCGGAGCUACCUUCCCACUAAAUGCAUACGAUUAUGUAGACAUUGACACGGAUGAAAGUGGGCAGCAAUGUAUACACUCAAAUUAUCCAGUCCUGGUAGUUUCCUUCGGUAAGUCAAAAAUUGGGGGAAGUGACAAGUUGAAUUUUGACGCAGCAAUGUAUCUCGUACCCGCAACCAAUAUGUUCACCACAAGCAUCUAUAUUGACUAUGGACUAGCUGCUGAGUUGCACAUAAAUGAAUCUGUGUCUAUCGCCAUUGUGUUUCACAGAGAGGAUACUCCCGACUUUUCAACUUUUACAACUGUCCACGAGGUCAUCUCAAGCUGCCCUUAUCAUGUAUACACAAUGACAGUAACAGCAUGGCCAGUUGCGAUUUCUGGUGGUUCUGUCAAAUUUGGUGCUUACCUCUACGGGAGCAACGUGGUCAGGCACAAUGGAGUGGCUUUUCCUCUCAAUAUGGCCUUUGCCAGUGGACUUGUGUCAACUUCCCUUUCGUCCUUACUUACAACUGAAUCAAGUACCCGCCAGCCUUCGUUCUUGUCCCAGGUUCCGGAUUUAACAUCACCCAUCGAUGGCAUUCAACCUUCGUCUUUGUCUCAGUUUUCGGAGUUAACAUCAACAACAGAUGGCAUUCAACCUUCAUCUGUGUCUCAGGUUCCGGAGUUAACAUCAAUCACCGAUGAAUUCCAUCCUUCGUCUUUGUCUCAGUUUCUGGAUUUAACAUCACCCACCGAUGGCAUUCAACCUUCGUCUUUGUCUCAGUUUCUGGAUUUAAUAUCACUCACAGAUGGCAUGCAAUCAUUCUCUAACUUAAUAGGAGAUAACGAGUUCACAUCAUCAAUGUUUCACAGCAUGACAUCACACACACAUUCCAAACGGACGUCCUCUGCCUCCAUGAAUAUACAACCUACAGGUACACAACAGCAAUCCAGCAUACCAGACAUGCCUCUGACAUCGGCAGUUCAGGUAUCUCCUUUGCCAUAUUCCACGUCGCAUUCGUCAUUUGAAACACAUUCUCCAAGCACCUUACUUCCUGUCACACGAACAGAUGAGACCAGCACCAGUGCAUCUGAACAAGGGUGUGUUUGUCUGUGCAAGGUCCAAGCCCCGUGGAACAUCACAGAGAAGCUGAUUAAGAAGGUACGGGAAGGCAUAAAGGACCUGCUUCUUUUGGACACUACGAAACUCUCCAAGACUAUAAGGAAGCGUACGAGUGCUCAUGACAACAGACCAUGUGCCGUCACUUUAGGAUCUGUCGGAAUAACCUUCCUUCUUCUUACGGUAGUUGUCAUUUUUGUUCCGGAUGUAAUGUCUGCUCUGAGAUUUAUUUGUACUGAAGCCCGAGACCGCCCCAAAGUUUUGCAGUUUGUUCGCAAUGUAAAAUAGUUUAUCUAUGUCUUUGCAAAGACAAAUAUCUUCAGGUGAUUAUGGGCGUGAACAGUUGGGGAGAUAUUUCAAACAAACUGCUUUAUAAGUACAACAUUAAAACUAAGAUCCCGAAAUGAGAAAUGAAUUCGUUCAGCAUUUGUUUUUCAC